AUGGCAAAGGAAGUGAUUGAUAAGGACCUGCUUGAGUUGAGGGCGCAGUAUAUGGACUCUGGUAGAAGUAGAAGGAGUUGUACGAUAGUCAAGCAGGAGAAGGAAGUAGAAAAGACGAAGAAUGUCCAGACAAAGAAGAAAGUAACGAACAAACCAGCUUCGAAUUCGAACUCAAAGCGGCCAACAAAAGCAAGAAAAAUAAAAACAGCUAAAAAAUCCCUUCGAGUUCCAGCAAAAACCAAACCUAAAGUUCCAGCCAAGAAAUCUCCCAAAGUUCCCGACAAAAAGCUAAGAACUGUUACAGUAGCUAAGAACAGUCCAAAAAAGAAAGCGCCGCAAAGAGGCAAAACACAAACCGGAAAAGAAGCAGGAAAGAAAGAUGAAGCACAGAAAAUCUCGAACGUUGUUUACAAGGAUGCCACGGGGCUCACUUCCGAUGAAGAAUCAGAAUUUUCGUCAGAAUCUGAGGGAGAAUGGGAUGAAAGAAAGACUGAUUCUAAGGGAAAUAAGCGUGAAGACUCUCGUGCCAAUCUUCCGGGAAUCUCGAGCUCGAGCGAAAGUGAUUCCGAGAUCGAUGCUGAAAUUCCAUCAACCGACGAGGAAGCACCUGGCCCAUCUGGCCUCGGCAAAUCAAUACAGCGCCCCACGCAGCGUAAAAAUAGAGUUGUCCGAAAACGACCGGCGAUACAGAAUCGCUACAUCGUUCCCAAGAGAAUACUCGUUGACAGAGAGCUUGGCCCAUUGGCCACUUUUGGAACAGAUUCAGAGCAAGCGAACAUGAAUUUCAGCGAGACUCUUGGAAACCCUGAAUUAGGUGAAACAAGCUGGACAGAGGCGGAAUUGUCUACUUUAACUGAUAUUCUGGACUCCAUGAGAGCAAAGGCAGAUCAUAUAGGAAUAUAUGGUCUUAGCGAGCGCCAAACAAUGAAGAUCCAGCGACAGCUCACAACCAAAUCCGGCAGACAAAUCAAAGCAGCAGUUAGUUCAACUUUGAUGCAGAUAAAAGAGAAUGAAAAAAUAACGGACCCAGAAAAGCACUCGGCUUCGUUCUUGUGGAACGAACUAUUCAAGAGCAUAUUUGGCCACGAUGCAGAAAUGAAGGCGAUAGUAGAAAAGCAUCAUGAUGCGUUCGAGAGUUUCUUUUCUGACAAGGCAGAAGAGGUGGAAUUCGAGGAUGGACGAAAUCGAGAGGUUAAACUCGCUCGAGAGGAGAGAGAAAUUGCUGGUGUUCCAAAGCAAGCUGAAGUGGAUAUUCCUGAGAUAUACAGAUAUUUGGGGGCACUCUCUAGUCGCAAAAAUAAGACAUUGCCACGACUGAAUAUUGCGACAAGUGCUCUUCUUGUUGAGUUACUCGACGAAAUCGAAAGAGAAGCAGACGAUGUCGUCUCGCCGAAUCUUCAGGACGAAUUGAACAAACGAUACGCCGCAACGCUUACAAACCGGCGUUAUGUUCCUUUCUUGGAUAGUCAAAGAAAAGUUUUCCAGCGAACAAACAAAGAGUUUGAUGAGUUCAAUCCGCUUGCAUUGAGUCUUGAAAAGUGGAGUGAAAGGCUCGAAGGAGAUGGCAGCACCGAAAUGGUCGAUACUUUUUCGAUGGAAUUUGAAAGUCCUCAUGCUGAGACUGGCUGA